UACCAUUGUAAAGCCCUGAAAAUCUAACACGAUAAUGAAGAAAGCAGUCAUUUUACUGUACCUUUGUUUUGUAGUAUCAGCAAAACGUUGCAGCUACCCAUACAGAGCGUUGGGCUCCAGAUGUUACUAUUUCAGUACUGACACAGCAUCGUGGGACGAGGCUUUCGUAAAUUGUAUUCAUAAAGGCGGAUAUUUAGCGAACCUGGAAACUCUCGACGAAUACCUAAUUAUUCGAUACAAGCUUGCAGGAAUGAAAAAUGGCCAGCAUUAUUCCAUCGGAGGACGAGAUUUUAAUCGCCAGGUGAAGGAAGGAAACUGGAGAUGGGUCAAAGCCAGUGGAAAUUCUAAGAUGUCUUACUUUGCAUUUGGGCCAACUGAACCAGGAAGUAGAAAACGAUAUCCACAGCUCUGUAUGUGGUUAUACGCGGGUUAUAAAUAUCAAUUCAUAGACGUUGAUUGCACCUCCGUUGCGAGAUACAUAUGUGAAGAAUAAAAUUUGAAGAGCA